ACAAUCACAAAAGUAAAAUAAAAGAUGGCCCAACUUAAACCCACGACUUGCAAGGAAGCAAUAGCCCGUUGGGAAAAGGAAAAAGGUCAGGUGGCUGCCGACGCUACGGUGAUCGAGCUUCAGUUUCAGUGGCCACCCAUCGAGAAGAUGGACGGAGCGCUUUCCACACUGGUCGCCUGCGAGAAAUUGAGCCUAUCGUCUAAUAUGAUCGAUAAAAUAGCUGGUAUUGCUGGCAUGAGAAGUCUGAAAAUAUUGUCGUUGGGCCGAAAUUAUAUCAAAUCAUUAGCAGGAAUUGAAACUGUAGCUGAUACCCUGGAAGAACUGUGGAUCAGUUACAACCCAAUAGACAAGUUAAAGGGGAUCGGUUCCUUGAAGUCUUUGCGAGUUCUCUACAUGUGUAACAACGCUGUCAAGGAGUGGGUUGAAUUUAACAGGUUGCAGGAAUGUCCAGCACUACGAGACUUGGUAUUCAUCGGGAACCCUAUUUGCGAGAAUCAACCCGACAUAGAUACCUGGCGAACCCAAGCGGCCAACCGCUUGCAGCAGAUCGCCAAGUUGGACGGUGUGCCCAUCAUCAGGGAGUGAAUAAUUACGAUAUUACUUACAAUUUAAAC